GCCGUGCCGUGCCGCCGCGGCGCGCUGCACACCGACGAAGCGCGUCCAGUGCGGCCGAAGCGACCCUAGAAUCCGCGGCUUUCGUCCUGACGGAAGUAGUGCGCGACCAGUAUGCAUUAUUCGUGUGACUCGGCAAGGAACCUAAAUUCGAUCGUCCCCCUCCCCCCGCGGCGACGUCGCGGCCAAUGUUCUUAAAGCCGAGCAGGGAGCGGCUGUGCUGUGCGCUCAUGAGUGUGUCCGCCGAGGACACCGCGUUUCCGCUCCUCCUUCAUUAACUCCAGGUCCUCCUGGUUGAUUGAAAAUAAGUGAAGCACGAUUUUCCAAGCACAGACUUGGCGGCCGGCCGGCCGGCUCCGAACUGUUAGUUGCAUCUCUCGUCAUUGAUGAGAGAUCUUUCGAUAAAUCGAAAAUUUCGAAGUCUUCGGGGACGAAAUAUCGUCUGACGGGGAAAUCUUUUCCUGUAUCGAUCUUGAGAUGGUAGAGGAGUAUAUUCUCGUGAAAAUAAAUGGAUUCUAGUGUAUACUGUACGCCAUGUGACUCUUUCAUGAGAUUACGUAAUUUCUGUCGCUACUUCACGAGCCACCUCCCGCUUCAGUCUUUAAGUAUAGAUUAUAUGUACAAAGGUCAGCAAAACUAAUUGGAUAGAUUAUCAAUGAAUAUAUCGAAUAAAUAGAACGAUAAAAAAACGGAAUAAAAAUGCCGAUGAGCGAAGGAAAGCAGUGGCUUUAAGAUACUCAUGUGAACUUAGCCAUGAUUUCAGUCGAAUUGUUUGAACAAAGAUGAUGUUCCGACAAGUAGCUUCUAAGAACUAGAUAAUAACUUCUGGGAGUUGGGAUUACAGUGGUCCGUCAAGCGCGCUAAAGGCCAAUAACUAAUUAAAUAUUAUUUUUAUACUCGAUAUGUGAAUCACGUAACACUUUCGUUGACUGAAUACCGGAUAUCAAGUCGACAAUGAAAACUAAGUGCAAGCUAAUAAACACGAUCUCAGGUUAUAAUGAUUCGUUGUGUAAUCUACACUCGUAGGCAAUCGUCAUAUCUUGCAAUCUACCAGUGGUGGCAGCCAAUGGGCAACGCGUUCACCCGGCUACGUUACACUCUUUGCUCCUCGUUCUUCGCCUCUUCUUCGUGUGCACCAUCAGCAACACCCCUUUCCCCGUGCCGAAGGCAGUCGCUCUCGGAGCAUCGCGUGCGAUAGAUUAAUCCUGCGUACCACCGCGCGCACCAGCUCCUCGUCGACGUGGUUCUUUAUCAGCCCGCCAUCACAACGACCGGCUCUCACCGUCCGAUCACUCGCGUAUGUGUCGGUUUGUCCGUCCACGUCGGGCUGCGAUUAUCCGAACCGCUCAGAUAGGACAGUGCUCUUCGGCGAGAGCGGUCCUCCUGGACGAGCCGCCAGGACGAUCGUCAGGAUAACGGCCGCUGCAGAAAGGGUGCGCGAUGCAGUGGCGUCGGCAGAAGAAGAUCACCCACGUGAUCGGCUCUUCGAAUCAUGUGCUGCUCUUAGCGAGGUACCAAGAUGGUACGGAAACGACACAACGUAGGAACUCUCCGCCCGGUGAAGAGGAUGAAGAGGAAGGUUUGCGGAAGGAAUAUGUGAAGAGCCAAGACAAGGAAGCGAAUGCGCACACCGUCGAUCGCAAUGGCCAGAGCGGUUACAAACCAUGGCGAUUCGGUACCGGUACCAGCGGCAGUACGAGCGGCUACGCCAGCAGCGGCUCGCGAUCGCACCGGGACGAAAGUUCGGGCUCGCCGUCGCAACCCAAGGUCAUCUUCAACGAGGACGAGUACACUAGGAUUACGACACCACGGCAGGACGUCCUCUUCAAGAAGGGUUACUUGUCGCGCAAGAAGCCCUGGGCUGGCAAUGCGAGUACCAGCGCCACACCAUCGACCACCGAGAGUCAAUCGGCGUCACAUUCCACCGCAGACGGCAGUGAAACUACGGAGGAUCAGCAGUUAUUGGAUAGGGAUAGUGGAACGGGAGAAUAUCCGCCCAUGGUAGAGCCGGGAGCGCAACUAGGAUAUGGAACGUUUUACGAUCACGCGAGCGGCUACUAUUACGAAUAUCCUGUGAUGUUGGUCGGACCUGCGCCAGUACCUGCCCAAGUCGGACCGAGUGUCUUAGCAGCUGUACCUUGCGGCCCGGUGCCUCUGAGGCCGAUCGAGUGGAUCAACCCUGCCUUCGUGCCUAAACUUGCCAAUCAACCAUACUGCUUAAUGGAUUAUCAAACUAGUCAAAGCACAGAAACGGCCACGAUAGUAGAGGAGCAUAACGGCACGGUGAUAACGGAAGCUCCCAACGGCAUGUGGAACGAGAGCGGCACCGGUAGCGCCAGCUGCAGCGGCAGCGUAGCCGAGGAGAUCGAGGAACAAGCCGAAGAGAUGGAUAGCGCGACGGCGACAGAACAACGGCCAAAGGAACAGUACGCCGAAGAACAGCAACACUUCGAACAGCAACCUCAUCAUCAGCAUCAUGAACACCUCGAGGGGCAACAGCAACAGCAGCACUUGGAAAACGGCAGCGUGACAACGGCGAUGGAACCGUACUUGGACCCGUUGAUGCUGCAGGAGCCACCUCCGAUACACGUGUCGCACGUGGUGCCAACCGUGCCGCAACCGUACAUGUAUCCCGGCCACUACAUGUUCGGUCCGCCCUUGGUCAACGUUAAUGGUGUUACCAUCCAGGGCGGGCCAUUAGUGAGAACCAUGGACAUAGCGGCUAUGACAAUGGCGUGCGCCAAACGAAGAAAGAAGAGAAAAAAACGAAAGCAGAAAAGACCUACUUUGGGUAAUACCGAAGAUGAGGAGGAAGGAGAGUACAGUUCCGAAUGUGAUAACGAUUUAUCGUCUUCCCGACUGCCUUGGUCGGAGUGUCCGACCACGACCACGAUUACAAUGACGACGACGACGACGGCUGCGAAUCCUCGGCCGCUCAAUCCCGAGUGUCAGGAAUUUCAGUUACGGCCGGCGCUGCAAUCUCGAGUCCUCUCUAGUCCCGUCUCGACGUCCACCGUGUUCGAAAAGGCUACGACGUCUGCCAACGACGCAGCUGGCGUAUCAUUAGCCACCGUCGACGAGACGGUAGCCGCGAGCCUCAGUCGCGAGGCUGACGAGGUGUACGACAUCUCGUCGUCGCAGAGUCCAACGAACCCGGAAGACACGUCCACGACGAUCCACGACGGCACGAAGCAGCAGCUCGUCGCGGAGCAGACACCAUCGGAAAACGUUUCGCAGUCGGUGAUUUCAGUUGGACACAAGCCAAGAAAUAGGAAGGUCGAAGUUAACGGUCGCGUAGAUUCGAUUGAAAAUACGAAAGCGGCAACAACGAGUGAGAAAUUGUUCGCGGAAGCGAAGAGCGACAACGUGCCGAUCGAUGUGAUCGAUGGUGCGACACUCUCUGGCAGAACCGAUACCGUUGAGAACGGUAACGAUUCGACUAUGGCCGACGUGCUGCAGCACGAUCUGCUCAAAGACAACGAUAACAACGUUAACACGGAGUUACUAAACAACCAUGUCGAGUGCAGAAAAGUCGAGGGAGCUUUGACCAACGGCGAGGUGGGCUUCAAACACCUCGGCGAACCAACAGAGCAGAUGAACGUUUCCAAAUCAAGAUCGGUGAGUCCUCAGCUCGACGACGCGCUCACCGAUAAAUUAUGUCCAGAUCCAAUCGUAUCUAAUGCGAAAACAACAACGACGAAUAUCAACGCGCCGGAAGAAGAGGAGACUUAUCAAAGUUCUCAUCACUGUAAUAAUUCAUCCGUCGCACGAACAACAACACCGUCAUUAGCGCAGCCGAGGAAGUACAGCAAGAAAAGCUCGAAAUUCGUGAGGGAGCCCACACCUGGGCCGGACCUAGAUGACCAAGCGAUGCGCUCGGAUGUAGAGAAUGGCAAGGUCGUGCAACAGCUCGAGUCUGUCGAGCUGUCGUACGACACGCGCACAGCAUACGCAGAGCGCGACCACGUUGCUGAUACGAACGACGUGCUCGACCGGGCGGAUCGCGAGACACCGCAGGAUUUCGGUAACGACGACAGCAAGACUAAGACAACAACAAGCCAAGACACGAUCGAGGGUUCCAACGAGGAUUCCGGAUUUGAGAGUCAGACUCGAUUGCCGAAAUAUCCGAUCACGGCCGCGGUGACGGAGUGGCUGCGUCGUGCCAACUCGCCCGACACGUUGUUCCUCACAUCGGCGUCGGCUUCAGACAGCGAAACGGACGAGGAGGAUGACGAUGAUGAAAUGAAUGCAAAGCCGCCAAAAAACUUGCAAGGCAACCCCAUGCCUGCACUAUCUGCUAAUAGCGGCGUCGACAACAGCGUUACUACGACGUUGUCGCGCACGGCUAGCUGCGGCGAAUUCGCAAAGUCCAACAAUAACAACAACAUCAAUAAUAUCAGUACGAUCGAUCGGGUGGAGACGCAUGGCACGUCGGUGAUUGGCAGACGCAAGAAGGACACGGUAAGUGCAGCGAGGAGAAAAACAGCGGCGGCAAAGAGGAUCGACAAGCGCAACAACAGAAAAGUCGAUGAUAAAACACAGAAACAAUCGGUCUCCUCGUUGGUCUCCUGUCACCGGUUGGAAAAUGUCGUCGGCGCCGCGAAACUGAAGGAUCCAUCUAAGAGCAAUGUUGGUAACAUUUGCGAAUUUACUCAGGAGGAUAGCGUUGCGGGUAUGAGGGUUGCUUUAAGUUCUCGGAUAAAUUCGAAGAGAGUCAGCGCAAGACGAACAAAGACAUCGCGUAGAAUCAAGAGAGAUCCCGUUGAGAACAUUGACAUCAGAAUGCGGCGUAUAGAUGACGCGCAGAACGGUGAAAACGGCGACGAGACGCAAGACAACAGCGUGAGCGUGCGGACGUUUGAGAAAGGGGAGAUCAUCGUCUCAGAAGACGGUAAAUUGUUACCGACUUCCUCGUACGAGCCAGUUCCGUCCGAUGAUCGAGAUAUCCUAGAGAUGAUGACAAAGACUUCCACCGCCGCUCGCGCCGUCGACAUGAUCAACGAAAACAUGCAAGAAACGUGCGAGGAGGAGACUAGACACAAUAGUGAGAACGAUGAAAAUCUGAUGAUGUCCUCGGUCAGCAUAGAAGAGCCCGACGUGUUGGAGUGCUGGGAGGCGGAGACCAUCGAGCCCGUAAUCACGCCGAAACGAAUGCUGCAGAGCCCGGGUGUCCUAUGCGAGGGUGAAGCCGUGGAGGACGAUAAUUUCGAAGUGGAGAAGGCCACCGUGGAGCACGUGCGGAAAUACUACAGACUGGACAGCGCUAUCAGCAUCGAGGAGGAGUCGAGCGAGGUAAGCACUCGCUCGAUGGUAUCGGUCCCGAAGUCGAGAACAGUGCCAAAUAAUCCGGAGAAAAUGAUCGAGCGUCUCUACGGCGUCGAAGAGAUCCCGAUCGUCAUGCCGGACAAAAGCCGGGACAUUAUUCUGGGAGACGAGCAGAUACCUGUCGACGAGGCAUUCGAAGCGUACGAGAACUGUUACAUCGGUGGGAAAUCGCCGUUCCCCACGCCGUUCAACUCGAGGAUGUUCAAGCAACAGCGGCCGUUGCUUCAGAACGGCGAGGCUCCGAUACCAUGCAGAGCGGUGUGCUGUAACAUACAAUAAUGACGGAAGCAAAAUCUCAGACAUGCCCCGUCACACAAACUAUCAAAAUGGAGAAAACGCGGAAUAUAUUGUUACAAUAUAGGCUAUAGAAGACAAAUAGCAAGAGUUCCAAGCUAUGCUUCCCAGCUUCUGCUUGAUGUGUCACAUGUGUCGGAAAUAAAGUUUACCGACAUAAGAGAAUUAAAAAUUCUGUGCUUCUUGCUCCCAAUUUUUUCCGCCAUUUUAGUGAUAAUUAUGUUUUUUGCUGUACGCAAUUUGUAGAAUUUACUAAAAAAAGAUAUCGAAUUUAAUAGAUAUUGAACGUCCUCUUUAAAGACAAAAAAAACAGUUCUCCGGCUGGUUAGUUAAACUGUUGUUAGUUAAACAACUGACUAGCUGGAGAACUGACGGUGUUCUUUAUUUCUAGAAAAGAUGCCAAUGGAUCGUCAGAUCCUCUUUCAUCUCUAAUUUGUUGUUAGUAAGGUCUAUAAAUUAUUUACAUAUUAAUCAAGACUUGUACUGAUAAUAAUGAUUAUAAUAGCGAGGUAAAUUACGAUAAAAAGCACAGUAUUUUUAAACAAAAAAUUCUAAUUAAAGGCCUUGCUGAUAUCAAAUCAAAUAAAACGUCAAAGGUCUUUAGGAGCUCUUAAAGACCCUUGACUUAUUAUUUGAUAGUAUUUUUCAUUAUCAUGUAGAUAAACUUUUAUUUUUAGCAACACUCAGCAACAGCACUUCAAAUAAAGGCGAGAUAGCACAGCUUGAAUAUCUUCAAAACCAUUUAAGUUUGUCGGCCUUGGUUUUAUAUAUGUACCUCAUACGGAGAACUUCAAUAAUGCCUUCCUCUUCCGGUAAGAUAUAAUCGAACGCCUCGUAUCUACACAGUUUUGUAUCAUGAUUAUUGACUUCCAGAAGAAGCAACUUGACCACAUCAAUCACAAUAUGCACAACAAAUGCAUAUAUACACUAUUACUGUUAAAGUUAAUGUUACUAAGCUGUCGAUUCCUCUGAAAACCAACAGUCGUGAUACAAAAAUAUAUCGCUACGAUGCGUACGAGUUGAGAUGCCGUAACUGGAAAUGGUAAGAAUUUUUGUGUGGGUAAAUUUCGUUUCCAGUGACAAUAGUACUCCAAGUAGAAGCUGGAGAGCAUAACUUGAGACUCUUGCAGGCCGCUUGAGUUUGUCGGGGCCUAUAGAAUGUAUUGUAAUAAUAUGUUACUACGGACUCGCAAUGAUGAGGCCAAUCUUUUCCAAAUAAAUCGUUGCACUUAUCCGGAUAUAUCGCGCGGGCACGUGUACGUACACUAGGCGCAUACGCACCUCACGUUGUUCGAAAUCAAUUAAAAAAAAAUCACCUUAGCCUCAUCGGGCAGAAUCUAUUAACAAAUCGUUGUUCUUUCAAAGGUCCAAUGAGACACGCUCAAGAGGACUGAACGAUGGUAUUUUGAAAGCGCAUGAAUUGCGACCGGUUUUUUGUAAAUAGUUUUAAGAGUUUGCUUGUGAUCGUAUUUCGUGGAGAAUCUUCAAAAUUUUAUGUAUGAGAGGCAUGCAUUGUAGUUACUCUACGAUAGCAUUUUACCUAUCAUUAUCAUUAACACUUUGACUGCCACGUCACCCAUAUCUGGGUGAUGCGUGAGUUUCCGGAGAGGCCUCAUUUCUUGUUAAGAUGCCUUUGCGAUGGAUCCUUUCGCAUGGAAAUAUGUAUGUUUCAUAGUUCAUACGAAGACGGGGAGGUAGAGUAUUAAGGUUAAAUAAGAACUCAGGCAUAUAUUGGGUACGCAUUGGAUAGUAGAAAUUUAUGCAAUUAUCCUUUCAUCGGUGCAGUUGGCUUCGAGUUUGACUGUACACGGUUGCACGUAGUGGUCGGAGAAUUUGAGCCCGGUGGGGCUCACGCUCGAGUCCAGCGUGGUAGUCAAAAUGUUGACAGCAUUGCCGUGUGUCAUUGUUCAUUAUAAUUGUAAAGGAAAAAAUUCGUAAUGUUCGACGUCAGGCUUUUAUCUGGACCGAGCUUAUCAAAAGGCAAUACGUUAUUUUCUCUGAACAUAUAAGAGAGUAUGAAUUUGAUUUAAAAUGAAAUGGAAAAAAAUAAGAAAGAAAGAGAGAGAGAGAGAGAGGAAGAGAACAUAUAAGAAGAGGCAUAUAGAAGAGUAUAUGCCAGGCUGUUAUUUUUAACAUUCUUGCUACGAUAUCUCGUAACGCACUUUGCCGAAGUGACAAAAGCAUUAUUUUUACAACCUAUAUAAAAGACACGAGUGUUAUAAAAGACUAAGAAUUAUUGUAUCACGUUGGAUGGCCUUCGCUUAGGGAAGUUUCAAUCGCUCACAAUUUAUUGAACUCAACGUCAUCAGAGUAACCCGCACAUUUACCCGUCAGAUUUAAAUUUCCCUUUUGUUUUAUUUCGUCCUAUAUAUUUUUUUUUUAUUUUUCUUCUGUGCUUUCCUUUUUUUUCUUUUCCUUCGUCGGAAAUGGACACAUAUGUAUUAUAAAAUGAAGAAAAACGACAGAGUCGAGAGAGGCGUAACACUUAUGCUUUUAAGUAGCAUACGCAUUAAUCAUGCAGAAAGUAAUAUCACGUUUUCGUAGGAGAUAUUAUAGUUGUAAACGGGCGGCGGUAAAAUCAGUGAGCUAUAUUAGACCUUACCUUAGCUGUUAUUAGGAGGUAUAAGAAUGAGAUGUAUAUAGAGGAAGCUUAUGAGAUGGUUAAAGAGUAAAUCCAUUCGAUCGGAGAUCUUGGGAGACUAAAUCUGUUUUUGUUCUUUUCGUUUCUUUUUUUAUUUCUCCAAUAAGCACCGAUUUCGGUGGACUCCGAAGUCGGACGAAGCGCACCGCAAAAACGCAUUAUGUGUACUUACACACACGUAAGAGCUGCACUUGUUAACGACAUAGUCCACGCUUUAGUUGAUUUGUGUCAAAGAUAGAGAGAGAUCGAGAGAAUUAUCGUGUCUUAGGCUGCGUGUCGACGUGAGUCGACUGAUAGACGUGGUUCGUUCGUGAAAAAAAAGUCAUUAUUCUACAUAUAUCUCAUAUCAUAACACGCGUUAACAUACCUCAGAGAAACGUGUAAAUAAAGUAACGAUCAUCCAAACGUUAACGCGCAAGACACGAAAUAUAAUGAAUGAUAAUAAAUACUAAUAAUAUUAAUAUAUAACGAUAAUAUACAAUAAUAGUGUUGGUCAAUAACGGAUAUAACGAGGGAAGAACGAUUAAUGAAAUCUAAUAUCACGCAACAGCGAUACAUAGACACCAUUGUUCCUGCAAAGCUAUAGUUUCCUUAAGCAUGAUAUAUAUAUGUCAUAAAUCAUUUCCAGGAUGAUCCGUAGCUCUACGAAAGGCGUUCGUUCACACCAAAAAUACAUUUAAAGAUAAGUACGAAUAUAUAUCGUUACAUUAAAAAUGCGCGUUGCAUCAAUUGUGUGCCUUAUUCUGUGGCGGCCGUUUUUGUAACUAUUUCAGAGCACUCUCCUUGAUAAUAGUCAGUAGCGAGAUCGAAAUGCGAUUAAGACUUGUUAAAAUUGAUGAGAAGCAAAAGACAGAUUGAUAGGAGAAAAGAUUUUGCGGGAGGCUCGCCCGCGCGUCGCGAUAAUGAUCCUUAUCGGGACAUGCACACAAAAAAAAGCGAACAACUCAUUUAAUUCCUUUUCACGAGAUUAUACCGACCUGUAUUCGUCAUCGGACAUGUAUGUACAACCGGCAUGCAAUUAUUCAUAAAGACAUUAAGGCGUUGCAUCUUACACGAGUCAUAUUACUGUACAAUUAUCUUAGUUGAAGUUAACACGUACGGAAUAAGUAUACUUGAAUUUUGUUGUGUUUUUGCUUAUAAAAAUAUAAAUAAAAUGUUUCAAUUAAA